AUGAAACUCUCCACCGUUCUAUUCGUACUGCCUUUUCUUGGCUCCACUGCAGGGGCGCUCCUCCGAAAGAACGGCCCAAAACGUUUUCGAAGCCGUUUGAUUGUGCCUUCAAGCAAAAUCUCCUCUUCGACCGUUGCGUCGAAAAGCGACGUUGGCAACUCUGAGCCAUUUGACAACUUUGAAGGCUUUGUCAAUCUCCUAUCAGAUACAGAUAUGAGUAUUUUACACACUCCCACCGCCUCUCCUGCAGAUGGCGGUGGAAUCACCGCUACAGGCCCUCCAGCUGCGAACGUUGCUCCUACACUAUCUCCGGUCGAAUCGCAACGAGCUCCAACAGGAUCCACUACGACCCCGGUUGGUUCAGCUCCAUCAAGUAGCCCUGUUGAGGGUAUCCCCAUGGAUCCACCUACGGACUCAGGCAUGGUCUCAAUUGAAGGACUCGUGUCCUCUCGCGAAUCGCUUGCCAUCUUAGAGACAGCUCUCAUCCAGAGUAAUCUAUUGUCUGUUCUAGAGGAUCCGGGGCCCUAUACUUUGCUGGCUCCAACUACCGCGGCAUUUAGCGCUAUUGAUAUGAAUGUCCUGGAGUUAUUGCUCACUCCUGAAUUCAACUUUCAACUGAAAGACAUUUUGCUGUAUCACGUAAUUGGUGAGACUUUCUUAAGGUCUGAUCUUGUGGAUGAUGAAGAACUUGCCACCCUGUCCGAUGGUACACUUGGGGUUGUGGUCAACAAUGGAGAAGUUUUCUUUAUGUCGGAAGCUGCUUCCGAUAAAGCGGUUGCCGAUGCAACAAGUAGUACAGUCAUUUCUCCAUCAAAAGUUGUCACAGCAGACUUGCUUGCCAGAAACGGAGUUGUCCACGAAAUCGACACCGUUUUCUUGCCUUCCUGGGCAUACUUGAAUCUGCUUCAACAGCUCGAGCAGGACGAAGACUUUUCGACGCUCGUGGAGUUCUUGAGCCUGGCAAAACUGAGUGAAUCUAUUUCUUUGACCCGAAGUUUCACGUUUUUCGCACCCACAAACGACGCUUUCGAGCUCCUCAGUAAAGAUCAGCUCGAUUUCCUUCGCGAUCCAGCAAAUCUUUUGAGUCUGCAAAACAUUUUGUGGUUCCAUUUGAGCCCACAAGUCUAUAAUCAUGAAGUAACAGUCGGUACCGUGCAGUUGCCCACGGCGCAAGGAACACCACUGCAAGCUGUGUCAGACGGCAUCAGUCUCCCCACCUUUCAGACAGACGCCGGAGUUGAAGAAAUACUGCUGAAUCUGGCAGGAAAUAUAUAUGCCGUAAAUCGUGUCUUGCUGCCCAUUUCAAGACAGUAGCCGACCUAGGAGAGUUGUUUUCUCCAUGUAAACAAAGGUCCUCCUCGCUCACAUAUUCUUGAAUGUGAAUUUGAACUGCGAAGUAACAAAAUUCUAUAAAUUAUCCUUGUCACAG